AUGUAUCCGGUCUGGGGCCGCUAUGGCUCGUUCCCCACCCCGCCUGCCGCCCCCCCGCCCGCGCCGGCUCCAGACACCGCUCCCGCGCCCCCCAGCGCCUUCGAGAGCUUCCGGGACCAGCACCGGGCCCAGCUCGAGCAGCUCCAGCGCAUGCACCAGCGGCAGCUCGAGAGCGUGUUACCGGGAGCUCCCCCGGGGGCCCCCCCGGCCGCCCUACCCCCCCGGCCGUACUACAACUACCCUCCCCCGCCCUACGGACCGCCCGUCUACCCCACCUACCCUCCCCCGGAUCCCCAGCUCCCCCCGCCCCCGGAGCCUCCCGCCCAGCCCCCGGAACCGGCACCCCCUCCCAGCCAGCCCCCCCCUCCACCUCCCCCGCCCGCCCCGGAGGAUCCCCAGCAACCGGCAUCAACCCAGGCAGCAUCGGAGCCAAACAUUAAUCCACCUGAGGAUCCCGAACAGGCGCAGAGGCUGAAAACUCUACAAGAGGCUGCAGCUCACUGGCAGCAACAUGAACAACACAGACUGGGUUUUCAGUACCAAGGAAUAAUGCAGAAGAAUGCCGCUUUACAGCAGCUUCUGCAGCGCUACCAACAGAUUACCCAGCAGCCACCACACCUUGCGGCUAUGUCUGUGGAUGUCCAACUGCAAAACUUUGAAAUGCAAUAUAAGCAGUUCCAGUCCCUGCAGCAGGAAUGGGAGACCCAGUUCAAGAAGUGGCAGGAAUUACUUCAGACGUAUCCUCACAAGGACAACAUGCAGGAGUACCAAUUGCAGUGGAAGUCAUGGCAUACACAAAUGAAAACCACCAGAUCUUACUAUAAGGAAAGAAUUUCGUCUUUGAAAAGUAUGAAGCAGCAGUAUGGAGGCAGUCACUACUUGGGAGGGGUUCCAAUGAUCCCGCCAUAUCCAGCAUACCCUCAGCUUAUCCCUCCGCCAGUUCAACCAUCUCUGCCAACAGCAAUGACCAUACCCACACCUUUUACAGCAGAUACCUCACUAUAUUCAGUCGCCCCGCCAGUUACAGCCACUCCUUUUACUGAAGUGCCUCCCCCAUUACCUCCAGUAACUGCUAGCUCGUAUUCUGAACAACCACCUCCACCGCCCCCACCACCACCGCCUGUGACCACAGCUACUUUUUCAGAGGCUCCUCCUCUUCCUCCAGAUAACUCCAUAACACUUGAUCAAGCUCCUCCUCCCCCACCACCGUCUGAUUCAUAUUCUGAGCUUCCACCGCCUCCUCUGCCACCUGUCACAUGUGCCGCUUGUACUGAACCACCAACUUCAGUUUCAACCUAUUCCUAUCCUGUGUCCGUAAAUACAUCCACUACUAUUUCUUCUUCUUUAUCCACUGUGUCUGACCCCGGCCCCCCUCCUAUGCCUCCAGCUAAUAUACACUAUCCACCUGCCCCUCCUCCUCAGUUGGAUACUUUCAGCUAUAUUACAUCUGCCUCAUCAACUUCCUAUCUGCCAGAACACAUGCCAGCCAAUCCGCCCAUUUCCACAAGCACAUACUUGACUCAAUUUGGACAGUACUUGCCACCUAUCCCUUCUGCUCAGACACCGCAAUCCCAAAAUAUGACUUAUCCACCAUUUCACAUGACUGAUCCAGCCAAGACUGUCCCGGAUUUUUCUUCAGUCCUCCCUACUGCAGAAGUGAACAAUCAGAAACCUAAUGAUCAUAACAAGUCAGCUGGACAAUCUGAGGCCAUUCCUCCUCCUCCCCAUCAGCUUAUUAACUCAAUGCAAUUUUUAGGACCAGGAGGACCCAGAUUUUCUUCCCAAGGCCAUGGAUUUUCAUCACAAAGAGUUGAAACGCCUAACUCAGGAGCGCAAGGUUUCCGUGAUCCUCGUCCAACAUUUGAUGGGAAAGCUUUUGGGUGUCAGGCCUCCAGCAUUCCAAAUCUUGAACCCAAAUCGCAAAGUACUGAUGUUCGAUCCAGCCAGGGCCCAAGCACUGCAAAUAACUUGGGACAAGUUCCUGAGUCCAGUUGGAUGAAAUCAGACAGUUCUGAUAUGUCAGCACCACCAUCUGUGGUUAAUCAGGCAUCCAAAUGUUUUGCCCCUGGAAACGUGAAAGCACUAAAUGACAAAGAUAAUGUUGAUCAAAUACCUGGACUAUCGCUAGGGGAAGAAUCUGAGAAAGAGAGCGAUGACAAUGCGGCUCAGUCUGCUGCAACUGGUAAAGAUUCUUCCAGCUUGAGCACUACUUUGGAGAGAGCUUCAGAUGGUUCUGGUCUGCGUAGGUGGGAUCAGGCUGAGCCUCAUCUAAAGGGUAAUUUGGAAAGGUCAGGGAAAUGUUCAGAACAAACAUGGGAUAAGAAGUUAGGUCCUUCACUACACGGGCAAGAAAGGAUGGGCAUGCAGCAGGGUGUCCGUAGUGGCAGGUGGGAUAGACCAUCAAACAUUCCAAGUGGACCACAAGAAAAACCUAGCCAAUCUUUGGAGGGUAGCUGGGGUGGUCGUGAACGAUCUCUAAAAGAUAGGUGUGAUCCGCAAGAUAAUUCCCUUUCUACUAAGUGGGGUGGAUCUGAAGACCGUACUGAGGGAGCAAGCUUGAAUGACCAACCUCAAAGUCACAUGUCUGGCACAAGUCAGGCACCUAAAGCUAGUGCAUCUGAUCCCUCUUUUGAUGAUGCAAAGGGUUCCUUACCUAAUAGGUUGACAGAUACUAAUGUAGCUUUGCAUAAAAAAACGAGUAGUCCUCAUGAGCUUUCAUAUGGUGAUCCUAAGACCACUACUCAGAACUGGAGUGCCCCUGCUGUACCUCCCAGUGCCAGCUGGGGUGGAUCAGCAAGUAACAUGUGGGGUCGUACUGAAGCUAGUCAUAAGUGGGGUUCUGGUAGCAUUGAGAAGUUUGAAGGAACACCUCAUGGUAGGUUUGGAGGGCCUGACAUGCCCCCUCAUGAAAAGUUUGGCGGGCCAUCUCUGGACAGAAUUGCAGGUCCAAGUAUGCUCCUGCAGGAAAAAAAUAAUGGGCCACCUCUGGACAGGAUUGGUGGCCAUGGCGGGCAUCCACCAGACAAAAUUGUAGACUCAAGUCGAUCCCCCCAGGAAAGGAUGGGAGGUCCCGGCGGACCCCCCCAGGAAAGGAUGGGAGGUCCCGGCGGACCCCCCCAGGAAAGGAUGGGAGGUCCCGGCGGACCCCCCCAGGAAAGGAUGGGAGGUCCCGGCGGACCCCCCCAGGAAAGGAUGGGAGGUCCCGGCGGACCCCCCCAGGAAAGGAUGGGAGGUCCCGGCGGACCCCCCCAGGAAAGGAUGGGAGGUCCCGGCGGACCGCCACAUGAGAGGAUGGGAGGUCCGGGCGGACCGCCACAUGAGAGGAUGGGAGGUCCGGGCGGACCGCCACAUGAGAGGAUGGGAGGUCCGGGCGGACCGCCACAUGAGAGGAUGGGAGGUCCGGGCGGACCGCCACAUGAGAGGAUGGGAGGUCCGGGCGGACCGCCACAUGAGAGGAUGGGAGGUCCGGGCGGACCGCCACAUGAGAGGAUGGGAGGUCCGGGCGGACCGCCACAUGAGAGGAUGGGAGGUCCGGGCGGACCGCCACAUGAGAGGAUGGGAGGUCCGGGCGGACCGCCACAUGAGAGGAUGGGAGGUCCGGGCGGACCGCCACAUGAGAGGAUGGGAGGUCCGGGCGGACCGCCACAUGAGAGGAUGGGAGGUCCGGGCGGACCGCCACAUGAGAGGAUGGGAGGUCCGGGCGGACCGCCACAUGAGAGGAUGGGAGGUCCGGGCGGACCGCCACAUGAGAGGAUGGGAGGUCCGGGCGGACCGCCACAUGAGAGGAUGGGAGGUCCGGGCGGACCGCCACAUGAGAGGAUGGGAGGUCCGGGCGGACCGCCACAUGAGAGGAUGGGAGGUCCGGGCGGACCGCCACAUGAGAGGAUGGGAGGUCCGGGCGGACCGCCACAUGAGAGGAUGGGAGGUCCGGGCGGACCGCCCCAUGAGAGGAUGGGAGGUCCGGGCGGGCCCCCCCAUGAGAGGAUGGGAGGUCCGGGCGGGCCCCCCCAUGAGAGGAUGGGAGGUCCGGGCGGGCCCCCCCAUGAGAGGAUGGGAGGUCCGGGCGGGCCCCCCCAUGAGAGGAUGGGAGGUCCGGGCGGGCCCCCCCAUGAGAGGAUGGGAGGUCCCGGCGGGACCCCCCAUGAGAGGAUGGGAGGCCCCGGCGGGCCCCCCCAUGUAAGGCUUCAUGACCCUGAUGUGCUUCCACAAGACCGAUUUGACAUCGGAUUGAGGAUGGAAUGUACUGAUGAGCUUCCUCAGGACUCGUUUAGUGCCCCUGAUAGAUCCACUUGGGACAGGUUUGGCAGUCCCACACGAGACCGGUUUGGUGAUCAUGAUGAGCCUAUGGAAGACAGAUUUGAUGGCCCAGAGGGGCCACUUCUAGAGAGGUUUGGUGGUUCCGAUGAGUCCACGCUUGAUAGAUUUGAUGUGCCUCCAUGGGAAAGGAUGGGUGGCUCUGAUGGACCCCCACAAGACAGAUUUGGUGGUCCACUAAAAAACCGAUUUGGUGAUCGUGGCUGGCCUCCUCGGAAUAGGUUUGGUGGCACCCCUCAGGACAAAUUUGGUGGCCCACAUUGGCCUGUGAGGGACCGAUUUGGAGGCCCAAAUGAUCCUCCAUGGGAAAGAUUUGGUGGUCCUCCACGUGACCGGUUUGACGGCCCCCCGCAUGAGCGGUUUGGCGGCCCCGACGGCCCCCCGCGUGACAGGUUUGACGGCCCCCCGCGUGACAGAUUUGGCGGCCCCCCUCGUGACAGGUUUGGCGGCCCAGACGGCCCCCCGCGUGACAGGUUUGGCGGCCCCGACGGUCCCCCGCGUGACAGGUUUGGCGGCCCCGACGGUCCCCCGCGUGACAGGUUUGGCGGCCCCGACGGUCCCCCGCGUGACAGGUUUGGCGGCCCCGACGGUCCCCCGCGUGACAGGUUUGGCGGUCCCCCGCGUGACAGGUUUGGCGGCCCCGGCUUUGUGCCUCUUGAUAGAUGGGAAAAUCCCGAUGAUCUCCCACAUGAUGAUUCGCCCAGUCUUAUCAAAGCCGCAGGAGAACCAUCCCAGUGGAUGGGCGCCAGAGAUGCACAAAAUAACAAAAUAGGUCAACCAGAGUCACAUGGAGACAAAUUAAAUCUAUCAAAAGGGCAGCUUGGGUUAAGUGUGGCGAACAGAUUGAAGCAGCAUAGUGGUCCGUUUGAGAGCAAUUUGGAGGGUCCUGGUGGUCUCCUUGAAAGCAGUAAUAGCAUAGUUGGGGAAGUAAAUAAAGGUGCAUCACAGGUUGCAAACAAAGAGACAGAGCACACUGGGGUAAAAUUAAGCUAUCAAAGUCAGUUUCGGAAGGUAAAUCAGAAGUCUCAAGUUGCAGCUACUACAAUAGAUGUCACUGUUGCAUCAAAUGAACAGGCAAAGUCUGGUGCCACUCAGGCCCCUGCAGGUCCAAAGGUAGGACCUGAUCAGGCUCUUGUGGACCUGAAGAUAGAUGCAGCUCAGACCCUUACAGUUCCAAAGGCUGGCACCACUCAGAGCCCCACAAUUACGAAGGUUGGUGCUCUUCAGGCCCCUGGAGUUCAGAAGGCUGGAGCCGCUCAGGCCUCUGCAAUUCCGAAGGCUGAUUCUGCUCAGUCCUCUGCAGUCCCAAAGACUGGUAUCAUUCAGACUAAAAGUCCAGAAGUAGGGGGUUCACAAGCAUCUGAUUCUUCACAAGUCUCUGCCCUCCUCAAAGCAGAGGUGGAGAAAAUAUCUGUGUCUGACAAAAAGGGAUCACUUCAGGUAUCUAUAGCUGCUGAAAUUGGGUCACCACAAAAGCUUGUGUCGAAGACAGAUAUGCCAAAUGAACCUGUACCUCCAAAGGCUGCAGAGCCACAGACCCCAGUAUCUCCUGAAGAAAAUGAUAAGGCUGGUAGUCUACCUCCAUGUACCCAGCCAACUACUGAGCAAAAGUCAGAAAUGUCAAGUGUGCUUCCUGAAUUACAAAGUAAAAUGUCUACUGCUAGCAUAGUAGCACCAAAUGAGUUGAAUGUUCAAAAUCAAUCCAAGAGUGCUAGCAAGAUUCCUCCUGGAGCAAGCAUAAAGACACCGGGUACAAAGGAAAGUGUUGCUGUAGACAAAGGCCCAUCACAGGCGAGCAGUGUUUCCGCAUCAAGCUCUGUCAAAGGCAGUACUGCAGUGCAGCCCCUAGCUAAAAAUGAUCACCCUGUUAUUCAAGGGGCAAACAAAGCACCAUUUCAAACAACCCGGGACAUGAAAGAAAGCAAACCAUUUGCUAAGUCAGCUGACCAGGAAGCUAAUAAAGGACAUAUUCAGCAGGUAGCUAAUGAACAUGUUCAACUUAACCAAGAUUCAGCAAGAGGAGGAGCUUGGUUUUCUGGGCAGGACAGAUUAGGUCCCCCAAUUCCUCAAGGAGUAGGUGGGCCAAGGGAGCAUGGAAAACCUUUGAUUAUUGACUCUGUUCACGGUACUGAGCCUUGGUCCAGUUAUGGCCACAUGCCAGAAAACAUGGAGGGGCGAUUAGAAAGAGGGAGAGGGCGUGCAAGAGGAAUGAUUCGUGAAAGAGCUCCUCCAAUACCAGGAAGUCGUGAUGUAUUGGAAAUUUUGCGUAAUAGAGGUCCUGGCCCAAGAAGCCAUUUGGGUCAAGAGAGACCUCCAUUUGAAGAUCUUCCAAAUGAGGCACCUUUUGUAAGAGAGGUCUUACAAAGAGAUAGAUUCCCUGAGGAAGAGAGGUUUCCUUUAAAUCUCCCAUUUGAUGUGAGGAGGAGAGAUCUUGCUUUGGAGAGAGAGCGACUUGACAACUGGGAAAGAGAGCGAUAUUGGAGAGAACAAGACAUCAGGGAGCCUUUAGACCCUAUUUCUAGAGAUGACCGUUUACCUUUUCACCACUCUCCUUCCUUUGUUCCUUCUCUGCCUCGUGACUUGGAUACUAGACGGGACCCAUGGCGGGAUAGACUUCCUGAAAGGCAAAUGGAAAGAGGACUUCAACCAUAUGAUAUGUAUGAACUAGACCGUAAUAGAGACUACUCCAGGAUGCCAGAGGACAUGGAAUUUCUUCGCCGAGAUAGGAAUUAUCCUCCUUAUCAACCAGUUUCUCCUCACCAUCCACUAUCUCCUCUCCGUCCUCGUUCUCCCUUACCACCACUUCCACCUCUUGACAGAUAUUUGGAAGACCGAUGGCGGGAAGAUAGAGAGGUAAUAGCAGAGAGAAACUUUAGAGAGCGUGGGGAGCUCAGGAUUCGAGAAUACCCUGAACAUCCUGAUUUAUGGCAGGAAGGUCGAAAUAAUUUUCCCCCUGAAAGGGUGGAAUGGGAUCGCAUGGAAGGUCAGUGGUAUCCACGUGAAGACCGGUCAGUGGAUGAGAUGAACUCCCUUCCUUCUAUGCCACCUGUAGCACCAGUACCAUCCAUCCAUCAUGGACAACCCAGAUUGUCUGUUGCAGAGACUAGUACAGAAAGUGAGCCUGCAACAUCUGCUGCUGGUGUUUUGGCACUGAGUCAGAGACAGCAUGAAAUUAUCCUGAAGGCUGCCCAGGAACUGAAAAUGCUAAGGGAGCAAAAAGAACAUCUGGGCAAUGUGAAACACUUUUUUGGUGAGUCAAAGACUUCGGAAGACUCCCUUAAGCAGAAUACUUUGCCCAGUGCUGAUCUACCCUCAGGGCAAGCUGUUUACCAGAUCUCUUCGGGAAUGUCACUUGAAGCUGCUGGAAACAGCUCUUCUGCUUCCAAGCCACUCGCUGCCAACACCAGUUUAACCUCGGGAUCUGCAGGCACAGCAGCUGGGACAGGAGCAGAGCGCUGGUCUGAGGACUCCUUUGGAGUCUUGUGGGGGGAAGAGAGAAGGUCUAAGGAACCAGGGCAACUUGGGAGCUUGACAAUGCCAGGAAUGCAGCAGACUGUGGAUUAUGCCCACGGUAGAGACCGUUCUGUUGGUAAAGUAGAACAAGUUCCAUAUGGUGAGAGAGUUGUUCUUCUCCCUGAUCCAAUAGCUGAAAGAAUGCCUCGUUCAUUCCAUAAAGACUACCUGGAUGACCUGGAUCUGCGGGACAGGGAUUCCUACUUAGAACGCCAAGGCAGUAAAAUUCUUGAUCGUCGGGAGUAUGAACGAGAGAGAGACCGUGACUUACACAGAGAGCGUGACCAUGAUAGGGAGCGGUUCGAACGGGACCGCCAUUCUCGUGAUGAUAGGUCUGCAUCUUACCGGGACAGCAAGGACAGCUCCUCCAGGCGUGGUUCUGACAAGCCUUUUUAUGAUCGUGAGCGUAGGGGCUACCCGGAGGAGAAGCCAUCAAUGCAUCUGCCCAUGCCUGCUCCACGAGCUGAGAAGAAACCAGAGACCAAGAGUGUGGAUGACCUUUUAAAGAAACCUGGCCGUGAGAGUCGACCAGAGAGGAUUGUGGUGAUCAUGAGAGGGCUGCCUGGCAGUGGCAAAACCCAUGUGGCAAAGCUCAUCAGGGAUAAAGAAGUGGAAUGUGGUGGUGCAGCUCCUCGAGUUCUGAGCCUUGAUGACUAUUUUAUCACAGAGGUGGAGAAAGUUGAGAAAGAUCCUGAUACUGGCAAAAGAAUCAAAAAGAAAGUUAUGGAGUACGAAUACGAGGCAGAAAUGGAAGACACCUAUCGUAACAGCAUGCUGAAAACUUUCAAGAAAACCCUGGAUGACGGCUUCUUUCCAUUCAUUAUCCUGGACAGCGUUAAUGACCGGGUGCGUCACUUUGAGCAGUUCUGGAGUGCAGCCAAAACAAAAGGAUUUGAGGUGUAUCUGGCUGAGAUUAGCGCUGACAAUCAGAUCUGCACUAAGCGAAACGUCCAUGGACGUAAACUUAAAGAAAUCAACAAGAUGGCAGAUAAUUGGGAAUUUGCACCUCGUCACAUGAUCCGUUUGGACAUUCGUUCUUUGCUUCAAGAUGCAGCCAUUGAAGAAGUUGAAAUGGAGGAUUCUGAGCCAAACGCAGAGCCCCUGAAGGAAGUGAAGGAGAAGUCAGAGGAAGAGGAUAGCGACCGGGGAUAUCUUCCGAAAAGCAAAUGGGAAAUGGAUACAUCGGAGGCAAAACUGGAUAAACUGGAUGGAUUAAAAGGGAGCAAAAGGAAGCGUGCCUGGGAGUCUUCCGGGAGCCGUAUGGAAGAUUAUCUCCAGCUGCCGGAUGACUAUGACUCCAGGGAAUCUGAGCCCGGCAAGAAAAGGGUGAGGUGGGCAGAUCUAGAAGAAAAGAAAGACGCAGACCGGAAACGAGCUAUUGGUUUUGUUGUUGGUCAGACGGAUUGGGAGAAGAUAACGGACAAAAGUGGCCAUCUGGCCGAGCGAGCGUUAAACCGCACCAAAUAUAUUUAAAAUGUUUUCUUUGUUAGAGAGGUGUCCUAGAAGAUGGGCAGUCAUGGAGACCUUUCUGCGUUCUGUAUAGAAGUUCUGUAGAACACGUGUUUCAUUUGCUGGAAUAGUUUUAAUUUGUCUUUUCUGUAGUGUCAAGGAGCGUCAUCAGUCUUAAACCAUUUAUGCUAAUACCAUGCUAAAAUGUGAUGUGCAUGUUUUCUCUUUUAUACUGGAUGUAAUGUGUAUGUAGCUCAAUUUACGAAGACUGAAAUAAAAUAGCCUUGGAUGCAGACCAUCA